AUCAACUUGUCCCCCGUUUAUGCAGUGGUAUUAUCGUAAUAAAGUAAAAAAAGAUGGACCAUUUUGUCAAACAAAAACACUGUGACGCUCUUAUAUAAAUACUCCUGCUUCACUGAUUAACAAAAACAUCAUUAACUAAUCACUCCCAAUUAGUAAUAAUCACUCAAACAGAGAUGGUUAUUACUUCUUCCUCCUCCUCCACCGCCGUAACAGAUUUAAUCUCCACCGUCCAUAACGAUAUCAUAGAAACUCACAUCUUGACACGUCUCGACGGCGCAACCUUAGCCUCCGUCUCAUGCGUCUCUUCGCAUCUUCACAAUCUCGCUUCCAACGAGAUUCUCUGGUCCAAAAUAUGCCGAUCCACGUGGCCUUCUUGCUCCGACGGUUCUCGUUCUUUUUUCUCCGACGCGUAUUCUAUGGUGGAAUUUGAAACCACCGCCGGUUCAGUCUCUGAUCUCGACUGUCCGUUUCCAGAACUGAUCUCCGCCGUUGAUUUUCACUACAGAGGGAAAUUGAUUUUUAGUAAAGUCGUGAAGACGGAGACAACUACGACGUGGUUUAAGAGCUCGCCGUUGAGGAUCGAUCUGGUGGACGCGAAGGAUACUGUUGCGACGCCGAUUAAACGAAGACGGAGGACGGAAGACACGUGUCGUGAUCUAGAGAAGGAUCUGACUUUGAGCUGGAUAGUGAUUGAUCCGAUCGGGAGACGAGCGGCGAAUUUAUCGAGUCACCGGCCUGUGUCGGUACAGAGGAACUGGAUAAGCGGAGAAGUGGAGGCGCAGUUCGCGACGGUGGUGGAGACGGUGGAGUGUGUGAUUACGGUGGUCACGUGCGGCGAUGAGGAGAUGCACGUGAGGGAUGUGAGUCUGAAGGUGGAGAAGAUGGAGGGAACGCAUUUGAACGGGAAGAAUAGUUUGGUAAUUUUGAGGAGAGUAAUGGAGGGUAAAAGGGUAAAUGGAAGAAACAGAGAAAUAGAAUCGAAGAGGAGACACGAAGAGUUUAUGGAGAAGAAGAGAGAGAUGAAGGAGAAGAAGAUGAGGGUAGAAUCGGUAUUUGACAUUUUGACUGUAGCCUUUGGGAUUUUAAGCUUUGUGUCUCUUGUUGGGUUUUGUCUUUGGAGAACCUCUAUAUGAGUCGGAAGCUUUUAACCAAAAGACAAAUUUCUUUAAAACAUAUUACAAACUUCAAUUACAUUUUACACACAAUAAUAUCAAUUUGUUACA